AUGAGUCAAAUUAGUACAGGUAAUAAUUACUCCAGUGGUAAUUCAGCAUCCAUUAAAAAAUCUGGUAACGUUGCUGGAUUCUCCGACAAGUUAACUGCCAUCGAUACUUAUGGUAACACUUUCGAAGUACCUGAUUAUUCAAUUAAAGAUAUCUUAACUGCUAUCCCUAAAGAAUGUUAUGAAAGAUCUUUAGUUACUUCAUUCUACUACGUUUUCAGGGAUAUUGCUAUGAUGGUUGGUGCUGGUUACUUAGCCAAUACUUACAUUCCUUUAGUCAAUUCCCAAUUAUUAAGAUUUGCUUUAUGGAGUGGUUAUGCUUAUUUCCAAGGUUUAGUUGGUACUGGUAUUUGGGUUUUAGCUCAUGAAUGUGGUCAUGGUGCUUUCUCCGAUUAUGGUUUUGUCAAUGAUACUGUUGGUUGGAUCUUACACUCAUACUUAUUAGUUCCUUUCUUUUCUUGGAAAUACACUCACUCAAUGCAUCAUAAAUCAACUGGUAACUUAUCAAGAGAUAUGGUUUUCGUUCCAAAGUCAAAACAAGAAUUCUUAGAUAGACAUGAAAAAUCAAGUGUUGAAGAUAUUUUAGAAGAAUCUCCAAUUUAUACCUUAUAUUCAUUAAUUGUUCAACAAUUAUUCGGUUGGAUCGCUCAUAUUAUCACUAAUGUUACUGGUCAAAGAUUAACUGAUAUUCCAUUCUACAAGAAAAAUCAUUUCAAUCCUAAUUCUGUACUUUUCGACAGAAAAGCUUACUGGUACAUUGUUUUAAGUGAUAUUGGUGUUUUAGUUCAAUCUUUUAUCUUAUAUAAAUGGUAUCAAAACUUUGGUGGUUUCAACGUUUUCAUUAAUUGGGUUGUUCCAUAUUUCUUAGUUAACCAUUGGUUAGUUUUCAUUACUUUCUUACAACAUUCCGAUCCAAAAUUACCUCAUUAUGAAGCUGAACAAUGGAAUUUCGCCAGAGGUGCUGCUACUACUAUUGACAGACAAUUCGGUUUUGUUGGUCCAUUUUUCUUCCAUGAUAUCAUUGAAACUCAUGUUUUACAUCAUUACGUUUCAAGAAUUCCUUUCUAUAACGCUAGAGUUGGUAGUGAAGCUAUCAAAAAAGUCAUGGGUAAACAUUAUCAAUUUACUGAUGAAAACAUGUGGGUUUCUUUAUGGAAAUCCGGUAGAUGGUGUCAAUAUGUUGAUGGUGAUAAUGGUGUCAUGAUGUACAGAAAUGUUAAUGGUAACGGUGUUGGUACAGGUAAGAAAUAA